GUUUUCACUUUCUGGAAAGGAGGAUACCUAUUUAAAGGUUUUGUAAAGAGGCCACUGAUAAAUAUAUCUGUUGGUGAGACGAGGCAUGUUAAGGAAAACUGGAUCAAGGGGGCUCUUCUUAUUCUGACGAGUCACAAUGCAUGGAGUGCAUGGCUAAUCCUCCAGGCUGUGGUCUCCAAAGUCUACACUGCUCGAUUAUCGCUAACCAUGAUGAUAUGCUUUUUCGCGUUGUUGCAAUCUUCUUUCUUGAUCUGUUUUUCGCAAGAAAUCCAAUUUCAUGGAGACUGGAGUGGAACCUGCAACUUUCAACCAUCGCCUACUGCGGAGUUGUAAUCUCAGCAUUAGCCUACUACCUGCAAACAUGGUGCAUCAGUUACAAGGGACCAGUCUUUACAGCUAUGUUUAGUCCACUUCAAGUCAUUAUAGUGGCAUUGUUCUCGGCAAUUUCUUUCGCAGAGCGACUUCACUUUGGCAGCUUGAUCGGAGCGUUUCUCAUUAUCGUGGGCCUUUACUGUGUGCUGUGGGGAAAGAAGGAAAGACAAUGUUGUUGCUGAUGAACAGACAGAGAAUGGAAAAGGGGUACUUGAAGACAUUAAAGUGCUGGAGAAUUAUAUUUCAGUCAUAAAUCCAGUCACUAGAGAAAGGACAUGAUCAUAAGAGUUCAGUUUCUUUUUACACAUUAUACAGAAGAUCAAUCCCAGAUAAAAUUUCAGAGAGGUAAAUGCACACCACCUAACUAUAAAUGAUUGCCAAAUUGAUAAUGGUUUGAGCCCUACAAUCCAAUCCAUAUG